AUUCCAAACAACUACAAUCAGUCAUGGCGAAACCUAAUUUCGACGCAAAAUUGGCAGCUGACAGCUUGUCUGCGGAGCAAAGAGAGCGUAUACAUGGUGUAGCCAAUGAGCUGCUCAACAUCUACGAAACACUCGUCGCCAUGCGAUAUGUCGAUCCCGAAGCACUUAUCCGCGGACCACACGAACUGAGCGAGGGACUGCUGGCCAGCUACGCCGAAUGCGAGCUCGACCCCGCAAUCAUCUAUCUCUACAGCAUAAUGCCGUACAUCGACGGGGCAGAAACGGAUGCAAGGGACUUUUUCCAGGGAGGCGCCUUCUUCAACCCAUUGAGCAUUGAUGAUGUGGAGACAGGAAGAGAUCCACGUUAUCUUUCACCUGAGGGCGGCUUUGAUGAUGAGGAGGGUCAAUACAUGUACCCGUGGUACACACCACUAUCGAACUGCGGUAAUCAUUCGCCCGUUAUCAUCUACGAUGCCAAGGAACAUCGUAUCUGGAUCGUGGACCAGAUCGAAGGGACCAGCACGGAUCCUGUUUACUGUAAAGGCUGGUACAGCGAAUCGGAGAGCACAAAAGAUGAGGCGAGCAACUGGGGUGACAGUAGCUCCAGCGAUUGGAGUGGCGAUGGCGAUAGCGAACAAGAUAUGGAUUUCAGCGACGGUGCUUCGGAGGGAAGCAGCGAAUUCUGGGACGAUGAGGAUGAUGUUAGUGAGACGCGGGAGAUCGAUGCCAUGGUGGAAGACCAGGCGGAAGUCGUCGAGUACGACGAAGGAUUUGAGCACAUCGAAGAGCUAAACGACAGAGAACGAGAAGAGGCUGCGGGGAUCAACAAUAAAAAUAGCUUGGAGGCCGUGCGAAGUCGAUCUGCCGGUGACGUUCUGCGAGACAUUAACCGCUUGUAUUGCGCACUCAAGGAACUGCCAGGCCAGGGCGAAUACAACCACUGGAUGGAGCCAGUCAUCCUGAAGCCGUUGUAUCUGAACAAUGGCUGGCCGGAUCACUUCAACGGUGAGCAAUUUGAAAUAGAUGUGGCUCGAGCAUACGCCACCGAAAGAGCGCGUUACUUCGCGGAGGAGCCAUUGAGGAAGGUGGAAUGUCACGUUGGCUGGGCUGAAGAUUCGGAUCGUAAAGUGGAGCGAUACAAGAAAGAGGUCGCGGACGCUUUAAUACCGGACAACGAAUGGGCGGCCCGCUUCAAACUGUGGAAAGCAGAAGAGAGUUCGAGAAGGAACGCCAACGACCUUCAGGAGGCUAAGAAAAAGGCAGAGAAGUUGUGCCCUGACGGCGUGUGUCAGAAAGAGGAGGACCUGCCGCUAUGGCAGGUGGAACGACUCAGAGUAGAGACGCAACAUAAACGUGAGAGUGCGCAACGUAACGACUACGUUACCUUCGCAGAACGUUUCAAGGACAAUCCCAAGCAGUUGAAACACAUGAAGGGGCGACAUCGUCGUGCUCAGAAGCAAUUGGAGGUGUAUGAAAAGGCAUUCGAAGCCUCAAAGGUCGACGCGGAGCGCUUGCGCCCUGGUGCCACUUUCCAUGAGGUUGCCGGCAUCAAUUCUCUAGGCCGCCAGGAUACGCUCUCAUCGAUUGCGUCGCAGAAGGAGGCUAUCGAAUCCAUGGAACGCUACGUUCAAGACGUUCGUGACUUUGCGAAAACGGUACCCAAAAAUGCACCUGAGGGCAUUGCUAUGGUGGAGAUGGAGAUACAGAGUAUGGGGAAGUCCCUGACAAGUGCCCGAAAUAGGUUGGAAAAGACUAGAAAGUGGUUAGCAGAGCAUGGGAACACCGACUAGCAAGGCCCACACUGCCUAAGCCGUGUCAAUUGCACCUCAAACAUGCCUAAUGAAGCGACACAG